AUGUAUUCCUUCUCCAUAGCCCGAUUUGCUCCCUCAAAGAGCGCCGCACUUCUCGUCAUCCUUUCCAACUCCCCAGUCUCUGUCUCUGCCUCCACAUCACCCCGACCAACUGUCAAUGCAACAAGCGAUCCCCCGAGACCCCGUCAAUCCCAACCGACCAACCCCCCAUCUUCAGCCGCCCAAACCCCGAAGGACUCCGUACAGCGCGAUGGCAGCAAGUAUAAAUUUGCAGUUGGUCUAAUUGAUCAAGCUGUAAAGACCCUGUCUGACCUAUGGCGCCCACAUGACAUCCCUCGCGUUUUCCUCGCCCCCCAGAAGGGCGCAGCUAUCCCAACCUCCCAUUCGACAUCUAUUUCCAGCAAUGUACAGCAACAACCCCUCGCUAAAUCGACGCACCCAUCGUCACCCGAUUCCCCAUCAACACAGCCAGCACCGCCACCAGCACCCACACCCGUCCCGUCCCAACGUCCACCGCAAGUUCUCGUCGCAUCCGACUCCGAGUCCGAUCUUCUGCCCCUCAGGUCUUUCGUGCACGAGGUGCUGAAGCGAUCGCGCACGUCAGGCAGCGUGUUGCAGACCGCUCUCUGCUAUCUUGAGGCUAUACGCCCCAAGAUAGCAGAGAUUCUCCGCGAUGAGAAACAGGGAAUCAGGAAUUUGUUCCAACCGGAAACCAGGAUCCUCCCGGCAACCGAGGCAGAACUGGCUCGUGAGGCUGAGUUCGCUUCUCUCGAAGAGGCCUCUGGUGCCGUCGUGUGCUCCGACGAAUGCAUGAAGACCGUCCGAGUUAUGGAUCAAGACCAAGAUGAGCAAGAUGCUACGCUCGAUGUGGAUAUUCAAUCCACAUCCUCAAGUCUUAUCGUGGAGCCUUCCAUCGCCGAGGGUCCAUCAUCAACGCUUCCCUCCCCGCUGUUGUGCCCCCGCCGGGCUUUUCUAGCUUCACUUAUCCUUGCUUCCAAGUUUUCUCAAGAUAAAUGCUAUUCAAACCGUGCGUGGGCGAAGUUAUCCGGCUUGCCCCCUCGUGAGAUUGGCCGAUGCGAACGUGCCCUUGGACAGGCCCUGGAUUGGCGCCUGUGGGUGGGCAAGGUCGCGUCGGCUUCCGUCACUCCCACCUCGACACCCCCCAUUCGCACGGUUAUCCGAACGCAGAGUGAGAGCUCACUCUCGAUUGGAUCGCCGUUGGCGAGCCGGACUCCGUUCCUGGUACCGCAAGAGCCUAUCGCCCCAGCGCCAGUGGCGCAGCAGCAGCAAGACCCCUUAUCCGCCCCAACGUCAGUUCCGGUACCAGUCCCAACGCCGCUAGGCGGCGCCAGCAACAAGAGGCUUCGGAAGAGCACGACGCUCCCCGCGGACGCCUUCGCUUUUGCUGCAUCUUGUCAGGCUCCGACGAGUUCGGCUGUGGCUCCAGCACUCGACAGCGGCGUCUACUGUGAUGCCAGCACCUCUGCUACAAGCCUCUCUGCGUAUCAGAUCGGGUCUAAUGAUAUGGAUAUCGUCGACGAUGUUGACGUCUUUGACGCCCGCAAGCAAGAUCUCCAGGCAAGUCCCUUCUUUAGGUUUCCUCCGUUUUGCACAACCAGGCAGAUUCUGACUGCCCUUCUGCUGCCCCGUCCGAAGACCAGCACACCUAGCCCGGACACCCCAUUGCUCACAUAUUCACCCUCGUCCACCGACUCUGCGGGCGAUCGUACAGUCCAGAUGACCUCGUUCGAGGACGGCACCUUCCCCGCAUGCCCAUCAUCGCAAUCAUGGCUCGAUGUCACCCUCGCCGCCUCCGCCACCUCUUCAUCCUGCUCAUCGUCGACAUUGGCACCCGAACAGCAUUACGGACUCCUCGGAGCUCCAAGUGUUCGAACAGCGUCGCCUACACCAAUGACGACACCGCUGCCCUUCGUCGUCGCCCACCGGAACCACAAGGCCAAGCAGAAGGCGUACCUUUCUCGCGCUGCGAGUGGGGUCGCCUUCGAUCUGGCCAUGGCGGCUCGGAGGGCAGCAGAAGGCGUGGGCGACCCGAUGAUCACUGUUGUGACAGACGCGGAGGCGGUGCCCCCGUUUGGCUCGUCACGGAUGGGCCAUUAUCUGUGGCACGCAGAUAGUGGGAUUGCGAUUGAGCCGACUGGGGUGCACUAG